UAAUUUUUAUGAUGUGGACAAAGUGGGAUUCCGGGUGACGUCAUUCGCGUAUUUUAAUAGUGAACGUUUAUUUGCUGAAAGUUACGAGGCAACCUAUUCUCUCUAUUAACUCUGCAUUGCGCCUUUGAAUGAUUGCGCGAUAGAGCCCUGUCUGAACGUAGCCUUAGACGAUCGUCACUUUUCAAGUAAAACUAACCUAUUCUUUCUUUGUACAUAACCUUACUCCUUUUAAAAAUCACAUUUAUAAACAACCAUAACCACACAGAGCUGGAAAGUAUGGAUGAUUCUGCUGUAGAUAAAUCUUUAAAUUUCCAUGAGAUGGAAUUAGAUGACAGAAUAUUAAAGGCCAUUGCGAAAUUGGGAUGGUUGUCACCUACACUAAUACAAGAACGUGCAAUCCCAUUGCUUUUGGAAGGAAAGGAUGUACUCGUUCGAGCUCGCACAGGGUCCGGUAAAACAGCGGCUUUUACAAUUCCCAUGAUCCAGAAAAUCCUAACCAAGAAACAUACACUAACAGAGCAAGAAAUUAAAGCACUCAUUCUGGCUCCCAGCAAGGAACUUUGCAACCAAAUAUGUUCCGUUAUAAAGGAUUUGACGAUUAAGUGUUCACGCGAUGUACAUUUUGUUGAUAUAUCUCCUUCGGUCGAUUUACAAGCUCAAAAGCCGUUGUUAGUUGAAAAACCGGACAUUAUUGUAGGGACUCCUUCUCGCACUUUGCAGCAUAUUAGGGCUGGAAAUUUGUCAUUAAAAGAUACUCUUGAAAUGGUGGUGAUUGAUGAGGCGGAUUUAGUAUUUUCCUUUGGUUACGAGGAUGAAGUGAAACAAUUGUUGGGAUAUCUACCAAACAUCUAUCAAGCCAUUCUAGCUUCUGCAACAUUAAGUGACGAUGUAAAAAGCUUAAAAAGCUUAGUUUUACACAAUCCAGUUACAUUGAAAUUAGAAGAACCGGAUUUAGCACCAACAAGUCAAUUGUCACAUUAUCAUUUAUUAGCUGAAGAAAUGGAUAAGGCAUCAAUCCUAUAUGCCCUACUGAAAUUGAAGUUAAUUCGUGGAAAAACAAUAAUUUUUGUUAACACUGUGGAUAAAUGCUACAAAAUUAAAUUGUAUCUGGAGCAAUUUGGAAUUCGAUCCUGUGUUUUAAACUCCGAGCUACCCGCAGCCAUUAGAUGUCACUCUGUUAACCAGUUUAAUGAAAAUGUUUACGACAUCAUAAUUGCAUCCGAUGAGAAGGCUUUAGAGGAACCAGGUUCAACUAAAGCGAGUCAACAAAAAGAAGUGAGGAGUAAAAGGCGAAAAGAUAAGGAAAGUGGUGUUUCACGUGGUAUCGAUUUUCAACAUGUAUCGAAUGUUAUUAAUUUUGACUUUCCGUUGGACGUUACUUCUUACGUUCACAGAGCUGGAAGAACCGCAAGGGGGAAUAAUGAGGGUAGUGUGUUGUCGUUUGUUAGUGUAAAUGAAAAACCUUUACUGGAUAGCAUUGAGCAGCAUCUCCAAAAGACACAUUCAGAAUCAAAAAUUAUUAAGGAGUACCAGUUUAAAUUAGAGGAAGUGGAAGCUUUUAGAUAUCGAGCAAGAGAUGCCUGGAAAGCUGUUACCCGAAUCGCGGUUAGAGAAGCACGACUUAAAGAAAUUAAACAGGAAAUAUUCAACUGCCAAAAGUUAAAAACAUACUUUGAAGAUAAUCCUAAUGAUUUGCGUUCAUUGAGGCAUGACAAAGCGCUACAUACAGUCAAGGUACAACAACAUUUAGCGAAUAUUCCAGAAUAUAUCGUUCCGCAAUCUCUCAAGAGUUUAUCAAAUAAUGCUGGGAAAAGGAAACGAGAACAUUAUAGAACUUCAGAAAGCUCUGCUCAAAAAUAUCAGAAAAAGAAAUCAAAUCCAUUACUUGGGAUGCAGUUUGAUGGGUUUAAGAAAAAACAAAAUCUCAAUAAAGAAAAGUAACCAACAGGGUUUUUCUUUGGUUGUAAUUAUUUUACAUACACUUACAUGAUUGUUAUUACGCUUACAUUGGUUAACUAUUUCUAUAAUCAAUUAUAUUACAUUUCUGUGUACAUAUUAUGUAGUUACUUUGUCAUUGUAUGUCAAUGAAGAAAGAACCUGGGGCCUCACCAAAAUGUCCAUAACAAUUGGUUACGCUAUACAUGUACAAGAAGGUAGACAUGAGAAAAGCUAUACUGUGAUCGUACUGGAGUCCAAAUUCAGAGAGAGCAGUUAAUCUAAAUAUUGUCAUGCGAUGGAAUAGUUAUAGUAAAGUCACUAGAUAUGUUAUAGGAGAUAGCACUGCCCUCUUUCUUUACAUGUUUUGCAAGUGCUAAAAAUGGGCGUUCAAUAAUUGUAUAGGAGUUUAUUGUGGUUUUGUCUUUCUAGCAUGUCCAUUUGAUUUAAUGUCAAUUCAAAAUAAAUGUCAUAAAACGUG